CUGGCUCCUCCCUGCACCCCUUUUCCUCUCCCGGCCGCUUCCCCAAAUUGCCCCUCUUUCCUUGCUUGCUUCGUCCUUCUCUCCUCCGCCUCCCCCUCCCUUCCCUGGCGCCCUUUCCCCAAACUCCCUUCCCGCCUCCCCUGGCCGGUCCGCCCUCCGCUCCCUCCCCCUCCUUUCCGUAGGCGGAGCUUCCCCGGCAGAAGGCGUGGCCGCGGCUCGCCCCGCCCCCGCCCGGCCGCGCGGCCCCCCCGCCAUGGGUCGGAAGCGCUGCGUGGGGGGAGACGGCUCCAAGAUGGCGGCGGGCUGCUGCGGGGUGAAGAAGCAGAAGCUCUCCAGCUCCCCUCCGUCGGGCUCGGCCGGCCCGGGCGGCGGCGGCGGAGGGCCGGCGGGGAGCUCCCGCUGCGGGGAGCCGGGGCUGCUGCCGUCGGGGGCCCCGUCGGGGGCGUCCUCCGGGGGCAUCCCGCGGUUCAACGGCCUGGGGGGUCUGGCGGGGGGCUCCCCCGGCUGCGCCCUCUCGCCGCCGCCGCGCCCGCCCGGCUGCGGAGGGACCCCCGGCGGCGGCCUCUCGGGCCCCGCCGCGCUGCUGGGCUCCCCCGGCGCCGGGCCCGGCGGCUGCAGGAAGAUGGUGGUGUCGGCCGAGAUGUGCUGCUUCUGCUUCGACGUGCUCUACUGUCACCUCUACGGCUACCAGCCCCCGCGGAGCCCCCGCUUCACCAACGACCCCUACCCGCUGUUCGUAACGUGGAAGAUUGGUCGAGAUAAAAGGUUGCGUGGAUGUAUAGGUACCUUUUCUGCCAUGAACCUGCAUUCAGGACUCAGGGAGUACACACUUACUAGUGCCCUUAAAGAUAGCAGAUUUCCCCCAAUGACGAGGGACGAACUGCCACGACUUUUCUGCUCAGUGUCUCUGCUUACUAAUUUUGAAGAUGUCUGUGAUUAUUUGGAUUGGGAGGUGGGUGUACAUGGCAUUAGAAUAGAAUUCAUCAAUGAAAAAGGAUCAAAACGCACAGCCACCUACUUACCCGAGGUUGCCAAGGAGCAAGGCUGGGACCAUAUUCAGACCAUAGAUUCCUUAUUGAGGAAAGGCGGUUAUAAGGCUUCAAUCACAAACGAUUUCAGGAAAACAAUAAAACUGACCAGGUAUCGUAGUGAGAAGAUGACCGUGAGCUACACAGAAUACCUUGCCCACCGACAGCAUCACCACUUCCAAAACGGCAUCGGGCACACCCUCCCCCCCUACAACCAUUAUUCCUGACACUGAGCCGUAUGACCAGUCUCUGGACUUUUCUGCAAACCUCUUCCCAGGAGAACCCCCUCCUUCUUGGUCUAGCUAUCUCUAUUACUGUACCAUUUUAUGAUGAUAAUUUCCGUUGCCAUGUUGAUGCUUCUCCACGGCAGGUUAAGCUCACCAUGGCAACGGGUGGAAACGCUGCAUCGUUACAAAGAUCCCCUUCGAUCUCUUCUCUCCUCCCCUCACACACUUUUUUUUAAAAAUGAGUCACUGUGGACUGGCUGGGUUUUCUUUUUUUUUUUUUUUUUUUUUUGUUAUGACAACAUAAAAAAACCCGAGGUCUUUUUUUUUAAUAGCAUUUUAAAGUUCUACUUCAUUUAUCACUCAAUUGUAUCAAUCACCUUUUUCUGUGAAACUGUCAAUGGAAGGAAAGAAUGCAAAAGCCUCAGGCUAGAGAAGAAGGAAAUAGAGUAGUCUGCUCUUAAAAUCAUAAAAUAUUGGAUCCCAAGACAGAAGCAAAGCAAAGAUUGCCUUGAAUAGGAGGAGUUCUUCAGCAGUUCCCCAAGAUAAAGCUUGUAAGAGACUACACAGACAUCUGCUUCCUGGUCUGGUUGGGCCAGAUAAAUAACAGUGAUAAGCUGAAUUAAUUAUGAUGAGGAACAGAUGGUGAUUUUGGUUUGUACCAGGGGUGUCCAACCUUGGCAACUCCCAGUUAUUCCCCAGAUAGUAUGAGUGGCUGGGGAAUUCUGGGAGUUGAAGUCCACAAGUCUUAAAACCACCCAAGUUGGACACCUCUGGUUUAGACAUAAUCAUAGCAAGACUUUUAUUACUGACCUGGAUUGAGGUCCUGGUUCGAAUCCUUUCAAAUCACUGGAACUAAAAAUUGGGCAGAUAAAUAGUCUGUGUCUCCCCACUCCCAGUUCCUAAAUCUGCCUUUGGGAGGAUGCUGUGAUCUGCCAAGCUCUAUCCUCCAUCAGUAAAUUGAUAAAGGGCAUCAGUCAGAGUCAUUCCCAGAUUCUUUUUUCAACUUCUCAGAUGUUUCUUGUGGAGUUUAAUCAGGACUAGCAGCUUGAAGAAACGGCCGAAUUAGGAAGUCAGCAAAUUUUGAUAUUAGUGCCUUAGGGGCCACAAGUUUUGGAAAAAGGAAGGGAAGACAGCAGAAGCACAAGAGGAGAUGCCUAUUCCAAAUUCUAAACUUUCCAGGCAGGUGAAAAAAACGUUCUUUGGAGAGCAGGAUCCAAUUUUUUGUCUCCUACCUUACAAGGCUUGCCCCUGUACAAAUUAGCCAUUCUUUAUGGCACAAUUUUUGGUGCUUUUGUUGAUGAAAAGAAAACCAAAGUAAGGUGCACUGAAACAAAAAAGAGAGAAGAGAGAGCAAAAGAAAAGCUCACUGAUUUUUAGAAAAACCGUAAAGGAUAAUAAUUUUAAAUUAAAAAUCUAAGAGCAGUUACCUCUUUUUAAUGAAGCUGCAAAUGCAGCGCUAGAAAUAUUUUUGGAUAGCAGACAGAGGGCAUUGUACCAAGUUACCGGAAUCGGAAUUGUUAACCAUUGCGGGGUGGAAAUAGCAGAGGUAGCUCGUCCUAACCGACCUUGAAGUCUACAAAGGGAGAAUUCAUGGAGUUCUCGUUUCAAAACUCAUACAAACUUUAAUGAAAUAGAUCUCAGAGCUCUGUUUCAGAGAUCCUUCUUGGUCAUUAGAAGAACGUCUUAGAGGAGGCAGAUACCAUUUUGGCAGAAGUCGUUCCCGCCCCCUCAUCCAUUUCAUCCCAUUUAGGGAUCUUCAUAGACAUAGACUUAGAACCAAUAGGAAGCCGUAUCACAGGCUCUGAAGGAUGGUUGAAAAGAAUUGACUAGGGUCCCAGAUGGGGAAGCCAGGAGAAAGCCCAUUUCGUCAGUCUUUCCUUCCAUCCACAGUAUUUGAACGUCUGAAUAUUAACUUUCUGUUUUGAUGCCUUAAUUUUCAAAUAAGCAAAAAUCCUGGAAAAGAAAAAAAAAAGAAAGAAAAAAAAGGGCAACGGAUGAGGAAAAGAACCCGUUGGAGCUUCAGUUUGAAGUUCUUGGGACGUCUUUCCCUGUCGGGAGGGUGGAAAAAGGGGUUGGGUUUUUUUAUGUGAAAAGUAUUGUCAGUUGCUGUCUAAUUGCAACUUUCCCUGUUUUGCCUUGAAAGGGAAACUUGAGCACAAGUUAAAAGCAAAAUUUCUCUGCUGCAAGCAUUUGGAAUAUCUACCAUUGCCACCCAACAUACAAACAAACACACAAACACACAACACACAACACACAGCCAUCUUUCUCAUUACAGUUCAUACUUCUGGGUGAGCUCAAUGUUAAAAAGUUUUUUUUAAAGAAAAAAAAAGAUCUAUUAUAUAUAUUAAAAUAUAUAUGUGUAUUUAAAGGUGCUAAUCAUCUUAAGCAGGUCACGUGACUGGUCAUGCGGACUCUAAAAUCAUAUCAGAUUUUUUUUAGAAAAAAAAUCCUCAAUAUAUGCAGAUGUUAUACAGAAUUUCUUACCAGUGUAAUAAUGAUAUGCUGAUUUAAAUAAAAAUAAAAAAAUCCUGCAGGGUUUGAAGGAAGAGGUCAGCAAUACUUCCCACCGUGGCUUGGAGGAGGAACAAAAAAACAAAAAGGAUCAUCUUGUCAGCGUAAUGCACAAUGUUGUUUUUUUUUUAAUUUUCUCUCGUUUUGAGUGUCUCCGUAUAGCUAUCCGCUUUGGGAACUUAAUCAAAAAAAACAACAGCUGUCGUUCAAAGGGUUGAACAAACUGGAAAGGUGCGCUUUAAAAAAAAAACCAAAAAAAACCUCCAGACUCUUUUGAACCUGUUGUAAAUCUAUAUGUUUGUUUUGAGAGCUAUUCCUGGAAUCUUGCAAGGCUGGCGAGAUGCAUCAGCGAUAACCUUGGACAUAUGGGUGGAGAUCUGUGGGCUUCAGUGGCACCUGUGCUUUGUUUUUCGCUGGUUGCGUUCCUUGGGUCAGGGAAGGGCAUGGCCAUGCCAUGUUCCGGCAGGAGUCUCCAACCUUGGCAACUUGACGACUCGUGGACUUCAACUCCCAGAAUUCUGGCAGCUGAAGUCCGCAAGUUGCCAAGGUUGGAGACCCCUGCCUUACUAAAUUGCCCCAACCGUGCUGCCCUCCUUAGGCAUUCCCCCCCCCUCCCCAGGCCCAAAGUAGCUUUUGCGGUUCCUCUUCCAUCUGCAAAGCCGUGCCCGUUUCCAACCUGGGAUUUUUUUGGUCCCUGAGCCAAAGGUCGGGUGUUGUUCAGGCAGCGAUUGUGUUUUUCUCGCCUUAUUUCAUUCCAAAAAUAAUAAAUCAAAAAGGCGGUUUAGUUUUUAGCUUUAAAUGUUUUCUUUCUUACACCUGUGUGGUGAAGGACAGUUUGGGAACGAACGUCUGGCUGAAGCUCAGAGAGAGGAGGAGGCGAUGGGGGCCGACCACUGGCCCAUCCGGGAGAGAUGCGGGUGCCGCGCGGUGUGCAUUUCCAUGGUGCCAUCUUGGCUCUGGGGUUGGGCAUGGGGUCCCGCGAGGAAGGAGGCUCCCUGUGCUGAUGCACCGUCAGCCGGGAGCACCUGGCCCACCCACCCACCCCAUCCCACCCCCAUUUCCUACGUUGAUGAUCUCAACUUCUUGAUGUGUCUUCAACUUGUUUCUGAGUUCUUGAAACUGUUUGGAGUAGCCGACAUUAUUGUGUGUUGGACUGAACCAAAGACACCUCCAGCCGAGCCUCAAUGCUGCUUCUUAAAAAAACAAUGUCUGCCUUCCGAUCCUUCAAAGCCUCUGCAGGAUGCAAAUGGGUUAACUUUUUUUAUUUUUGUACAGUUUCUAACUGAUUUUUUGCUAGUGAUGUUAAUUAAGUUUGAGGAGCCGCGGGGGCUCCUCCGAUGAAAUAAAAACUGGUGACUUUUAUGUUUAAAUAAAAUAAUAUAGAAACCCAACAUGUGCCUCUCAGAUUCUAAGGGUUUCUGGUUAUACUUCUUCUUAAGACCAGCAAUGAUUCUUUAUAUACAAAGAUGCGUUUUUUUUUUCUCCUUGUUUCCUUUUUUAUUAUUACUGUUUCGGAAGGAAGGAGAGAAAACUUUCCUUCUGCUCUGAAGCCAGUGGUCACACUGGUACAUAAAUGCACUGAGUUAAAACGGAAAAAAAAAAUCAAAAAAACUUUUGUAACAACUUAUGACUGUUUUUGUAUAUCAAAGCUGAUUCUUUCCAAAAGAUUUGGAUCUAGUUUCUAAGUUAUUUUAGUGUUUUAUAUGUUACAAGAAUUAAUUGUUCACCAGCAUAAUAACUAGUUAUCUUCAAUGGAAAAAAGUGACAUAGGUGGGCAGAUGAUCUACCUGGAGUAGCUCAGAAGCCCCUCCCCCUACUUUUCCUUUGACUAUCGAUUACAAUAUUAUCACAGAUUACCACAAACCUCCUUCCAUAAAGACUAGAUUCUUAUUUCCAUGUUUAUUUGCUAUUAGUGUGAAGAAACUGUUGAUUUUUUUUUUUU